CCUGAAAGCGUGAUGUCAUGGCCGUUGGUUCGACCGUCUUUAGAUGAUUUGCUGCGAGAGCACCGGGGAAUCAUCUCAGCUCUUCGGCGAAGCCUUGCGGUGGAAGUUGAGGCCCAGGUCGAUGAUGUGUGGCUCUUGCGAUAUGCAUUGAGUUUCAAGGACGACCUCCCAGCUGCCAUCCAAGCUGCCAAAGCAGCGAUCACAUGGCGAAGGGAGAACUCCAAUCUGGUUCAAGCCGCAGCAGCACGUGAAGCACCUAGCGAACUGACGGAGCAGGAGCUUGCAGCCAUCCAUCAGUGUUUUGUGGCAGCCUACUAUUGCUGUACACGUUUCGGGGAUCCCGUUUUCAUUUCUCGGCUGUGCGCUUACAAUGUGAAUCACCUCAUGGAAGUCGUCUCAGAGGCGAAGCUGGAGCUCUGGUUCAACUUUGUGAAUGAAUGUGCCUGGCAAUACUGCGAGGCAGAGACUCUUCAAAGAAGAUACUUUGUGAUGCAGAUCAAUAUCCAGGACGUGCACGGUGUGAAGAUGAUGCAGAACCGCUCCUUCCUGCGCGCCUUGGGCAACAGCUCGAAGGUCAACGACUGGCUGCGGCCGCAACUCUUUGGCAAGACCUACAUUCUUAAUCCACCACGGUGGCUGUCGAUGGCCUCACGCUUGGCAGGAGGACUCAUGAGCAAAAAGUCGCUGGAGAAGGUCUGGGUACACCCCACCAAAGUAGGUGAAGGUCGUGGGCUUUGCUUUUUUGCUCAGCAACUCUUUGACGCUGACACGGCACUACCGAAGUUCUUGGGUGGCAAUGGGGAUGCGGAUGAAGGCAUAUCGUCCCGCUUCAACAUCUUUGAGAAAUUCUUUCCCAUGGCACCCCGUGAAGCGGCCGUGGUGCAAAGAUCUGCACUGCCUAUCCUGGCUGGUUUGCCCGUGCAGGCUGCAACGGUGUCUUUCAGCGAGCACUGGAGAGAGGACGUGGAUAGCUACCUCUCAAGAAAGCAGGAAGACUAUGUGAUCUAUGAUAGGGACGGCCACGAUGUCGCUUUGGUUGAAGAGACCGUGUCUCGUGAUCGCUUUCCCUUGCAGAUCCGACGGCAGGACACUAUGCUAUCCAGUUCCGCUUUUUUCUCCAGUUCGGCUUUUGCUUCAGCAGUGGGCACUAGAUCCAUGGAGGGCUCCAAGCAGGGAUCGCAGAUGGCAAUGUCGAUGUGUUCGGCUGUCACAGCUCUGGAGUUCCCAGUGCAGGAGCCGCCGCGGCGGUCUUGGUGCCGACGUGUUUGUGCUUUCUUUGGCAGACGUGAGGCACCUCUUCUCCGCUGAGCGUGGCCACGUUUUGCUUCUUUGCCUGUGAUGUCUUGGAAGUUCAACAGCUGAAAGUCCCGUAUGAUGUGAAGCGGAAGUGUUUCACGGUUCCAUCUGACAUGCUCUGCAUAAAUUCGGGCAAUAAGACUUGCCGACAUAUCAUCACUCCAGUGGCGACCUUUCAAGUUUGCAGAUGUGAUGCGCACAGCCAUCGGGCUCAGGAGGAAGGGCCCUCUCCAUUUGCAAGCUGUGUGCAGCGCAUCUUUUGGGAAUGAUCUUGGUCAUCUUGAG